UUUUUUAAUCCUAAACAUUUUCUUAUAGACAACGCUGGCACAGUUUGCCUGCCAGUAACCCGGUCCAUGAGACGCCGCAAUGUAGUGGACCAGCCAGCUACCGUCGCCCACAGGCAGCAAUCGGAGAAAAGCUACGAAUCCGCCACACUGCUAUAUGUCAACGUGUCAAUAUACACUGCUCAGCACUGCCAGGAGCAAUAUAACAGAAACAGACAACACGGCGCAGAAGACGACAUGCAGAACAAGAUCUGCUCCGAUUCCAGUAGCAAAGGUUCCUGCCGAGGGUUCUCUGGAGCGCCCCUAAUGUUGUGGGACAGGUUUGGGGACCGCAACCGAUUUAUCCAGUACGGCAUCGUGUCGUAUGGCCCGAAUCGGUGCGGCACCCUGUAUCCUGAGGUCUACACUGACGUCACCAAGUACAUGGCAUGGGUUUUGAACUCGAUAAAAGCGUAGUAAAAGAAGAAGGCAAAUUAUUUUAUUUAGACAGAUGAUUUUUUGUUAAUGUGUAAUAAAUUGUGUUUGUAAAUG